GCACUCCUCCGGCCGCCGCAGAUUGGUCGCUUCACCUGCCAAGUCGAGCGGAUUUCCUACACAACAGACUGAACCGGGUGCUGCAGAACCAGUGAGCUCAAUGUCACCGGAGAAGAUGAUUUUACAGCGGGGUCGGUGAAAGCUGCUCUCCGCGGGCUACGAAGACAUUCAACAAAGUUGCCUCACUAAACGCCCCAUGGCUGUAUCCUGACACUAUCAUCUGUUCAACCUCUUUUCCUCCAACCCCCCCAUCCAGCUCCUCUUCCCCUCCUCCUCAACCUGUGGCCUAUUUAUACCCUGGAGACUCAAAAGAGCCUAUUAAAGCUCUGCAGACCUCUUCAGCAUAAGACAACAGUGAGCAUGAAUCCGAUAACACAUGGUCGAUCUGAUCUCUAGCCUCGUCACCUUUUCUUCAGCAGCUACAAAUAAGAAAAACUAAGGCUUCGACCAGUGGAAAUUUUUGAGAUGCAACAAUAGUACAACUGGAUAAAUUUUUAGAAGACAAAUUGUCCCUGAUAUUUCACUGUGGUGAGGGGAUUUGGAAAAAUUUGGAUGGGUCCAUGGACUGGAGGUUCUGCCCUAUUACACUAAAAUUACGGAAAACAUUCAUUCAUAACAUCCGUUUGUUGACUCAGUUGUCUAAACAGCUAUGUAAUUUGGACAAAGACAAUGGAAGAAUUUAGCUUCCAAAUGGAUCACAUAUCUGAAGCCCUCCACCACUCUCAGCCAUGAGCUAAGCCCACGCCAACCUGGGCGUCCCUUGCAGGAUGACUGCUGUCUGCCCCUCUGAGAGCAGCCCAGAGGGGGCUGAAGCUGGGGCCGCGACAGCUGACUCCAAGGGGUCGGGGGCAGCAGGCACCGCUGGGAGCAUCUCAGUUUCUGGGGCAGAGACUGGUGAGUCCAAUGGAGACUCUGUCGGAGGUUCAAUUGGAGGCACAGCUGUGGUUACUAGUGGCCAAAGGUACGCCCGCUGGAGCCGUCAGGACAGCUCAGACAUCAACACAGACGAUGAGGGAGCCACGAUCCGCCGCCUCACUCCACUGGAAAGGUUGAACCUUGAUAUGUGCCAGGACGAAAGGGUGGUCCGAGAGCUAACAGUGGGCAGAAGAAUCGGCUUCUACAAAAUCCGAGGAGAAAUCGGCUGUGGGAAUUUCUCCCAUGUCAAGCUCGGAAUUCAUGCCCUCACUAAAGACAAAGUGGCCAUAAAGAUCCUAGACAAAACCAAGCUGGAUCAAAAGACGCAGAGGCUGCUGUCCAGAGAGAUCUCCAGCAUGGAGAAACUACACCAUCCCAACAUCAUACGCCUCUAUGAGGUUGUGGAGACGUUGUCACGGUUACAUCUGGUGAUGGAGUACGCAGGGGGAGGAGAGCUCUACACCAAGAUUACUACAGAGGGGAAACUUUCAGACACUGAAAGCAAGAUCAUUUUCGCUCAGAUCCUCUCUGCUGUUAAACACAUGCAUGAAAACAACAUCAUCCACCGGGACCUGAAGGCAGAAAAUGUCUUCUACACCAGCAGCUCUUGUGUCAAAGUGGGGGACUUUGGCUUUAGCACGCUGAGCCGCCGCAGUGAGACACUCAACACUUUUUGUGGCUCUCCGCCUUAUGCCGCGCCCGAGCUCUUUCGGGACGAGCAUUAUGUUGGCAUCUUUGUAGACAUCUGGGCCUUAGGGGUGAUGCUGUUCUUCAUGGUGACAGGCACCAUGCCGUUUAGGGCAGACACUGUGGCCAAACUGAAGCGAUGCAUCCUGGAGGGGGCCUACAUCCUGCCCUCAUGGGUGCCAGAGGCAUGCCAGAGGGUGAUCAGGGGAAUCCUCCAGCCCAUACCAACUGACCGCUGUACAGUGGAGCAGAUGAUGGGAUGUGAGUGGCUGCUCCCUGUGGACUUCCCACGUGCCAUGGAGCCCUUUAAACUAGAUCCAUCCUACCUAGCAGAGAGUGAACAAUCUGAAUUCGGGGAGGAAGAGAUGGAGGUAAAGGCAGCACUGGAGACACUAGGAAUCACGUCAGAACACAUCCUCAACAACCAGGGGAAAGACUGCAGGAGCUCCAUCACAGGGGUCUAUAGGAUCCUGCUACACCGUGCUCACAAGAGACGGGCUAUUGAGAGCAUGCCCGCAGUCACAAAAGUAGUCGGACCAACUACAAAGAGUAAAAAGGAACGAUUAAAAGUGUACCGUAGUCUAAGGCACACAUCUAAACUCUGUGUGAUUCUGUGACAAAAUACUUUCCUUCACUCUGGAAAUGACUAUAGUCUGGGAUGAGAUUGCAUGAAUUUCAUUAGAAAUUUAAAAAAAAAAGUGCUUUUCAAUCCAGCAGUUUAAAUGGAAAUCAUGG